AUGAUCCGGUCAAGAGAAACCCUCGUCUUGCUGCUACUUGCAGCCACACUAGUUGGCUCCGCCGCAUCAACCUCAACGACUGAAGCACCCACCAAUACCCAGGUUUCUUCAUCAACGGGCAAGUCGACGAGGUCAUCGGGGUCGGCUUCUCUCGACUUUAUCGACUCGACCUCGCUCUCCUUGAGUUACACAUUGGCCAAGGCAUCCGAAGCGACCAGCACCAUUACAUCGACGUACCGCAACUGGGUGGGGGCUCGCUCCGUCUCGGCCGAUUCCGCCUGCUACCGCGAGGCUCACAUCAUGGACGUCUGCCCCAGCAACUUCGACCGCAACGCUGCCACCAACACAUGCUGGACCGAAUGUCCGAUCGAUUACCCGGUCGAGUGCGGCAUGGAAUGCAUCCGGCAGAACGACGACUGCACUCUGGAGAUCGUCAACAAAGUGGCCGCCGUGGCCAACACCGCUCUGAGCAUCGCCAGUGUGGGCGUAUCCAAGAACUUGUGGCAGAUCGCCAAGGGGGUGAAGACUGCCAUCGACUGCGCCAACUUAAUGAUCGGCAUAGUCAGGGCCAUCAUCCGCUACGUCCGCAACAUCAAGACGUCCAACCCCCAGACUUCGCAUGACAAGAUCCUGGCGCUAUUGUACCAAACGAACAACGUGGUGACCGACCUGCCUAUCGCCAUUUACGCCUGUAUGGGCCUGAAUGUCCCCACGAGUCUCGAUAUCUGGGCGAGUGCUGGCCACGUUCGAGUGGAUCCUGCUCAACGUCAUCGCCUACGACGACGAGAUCGUGUCGAGCUGGGACAAGUUCAAGGCUUUCCUCACUCGGCCAACUUCACCGAAGCCACCAAUGCCAUCAACGACACGGAGAUCGCGACGCUCAGCGACGCGCUGAAGUCCAACUCCACGUGCGGCUUCGACCUGAAGUCUCUGACUGACCGAACCUGGAUGACGGUGGCUCAGUUCAGAGCGGACAACCCGGACAUCACGGAGGACGAGCUCCGCUUGAAGGUGGAGGAGUCGCAGCUCGUGUCCGACAUUGGGAUCGUCACCAACAACUGCAUGGAGCAGCUGAUCCAAGAGUCGGAUGAAACGACGGCGUACACGACGCGCGAUACGAUCCGUAAAGCCUUCAGCGGCAUAAUCAACGACCUUGUUAGCACCGGAAAGAGCGACAACGGGUCGUCAGAAACGGCCAAGGAGUUCACGUACAAGGCGUUCGACAAGGCCUUCACCUCCAUCGCCGUCACUGGAUUCGACCUCACCGGUAUAUCGGGUAUGCUGGCAGAGUAUCUUCAAACGAUCUGCGGUCCUACACGCUUUAUUGGCGAGGUGGACGAUGGCACAGACACCGCCACUUUGGGGCUCAACACCAUCCAAGACGCUUUCAACGGCAGUUCGAGCUCGUGGACCAGAGUGGGCGACGGACAAGUCAUCAUCCACUUCAGUAGCUCCGACACGAAAGAACGGGACAAGAUCGACGAGGUGGCUGUCGCUGCUGGAGGUACUGCCACAUGGGUGUCGAAUACGACUGCCUUGGGCGGCAAAACGUUGUACCUCGAUCGCUGGCGACCCGGACUUUUUGGCCUCCCCGGUACGGGAGGCGGAUCAUUGCUGCUCUGGGUACCCAAGGCAUCUCAAGGAGGGCAUUUGGAGCUCCAGGCCAAGCUCAACGUGAGUUAA